AGCGGAAAAAAAUUCUAUGUUUCAGAUUCAACAUAACUCACUGUGAAGUAUAGUCGCUCUAACAAUGGUGGUGAAAUUAAUCUUUCUUUUUGUAUUGCUGAGCAUCGAUGCCAGUGUUUCCGAUGAUGUCAUCAGUGUACCAAAAAAAUUUACAAGAAGUCGUUACAGUCACAGGAGGUCAACGACUACCACAACUGAACUUCCAUCAUCAAAUUACGACAAUAGUGUAGAUAUGGUUACGGACGUAUUUUCAGAAGAACUAUUGCCGAACAAAGUGGAAGAAUUAGUAACAAAUAAUCCAUUCGAAUCAAAUGAUACUGCUACUGCUACGACAUUGAUUGAUGAAUCCGUGAAUACCUCAACUCAAUCUGAAUUAGUAGAGACCACCACGGAAAAUGAUUCUGAUUUAGUGGAAGCAACAACCGCAAUAGAAGUUGAGAAGCCAACCGAAAAACAGAUUGAAACGCAGGGUAUUUAUCCUUGCGGCGAAAGAAGUGAUGAUAAUCAUCCAUGGAUAGUUGUUUUGAUUCAUACCGACCCCAGUGAAAGGAGUCGAAAGAAAACUCUUAGCAAAGGCGUAUUGAUCGAUCGACGUCACGUUCUCACAACCGUUUCCAGUCUGCAUAACUCUAGACCAUUUUGGAUAGUUUCUCGAGUUCGACUGGGUGAUCCAUCAGUGGUGGAUAACAGUGACAGUGAAGUGAACAAAUCCAGUAUUGUCCAUGUCGGAAUUGACGAGAUCUUUCAACACAAGAACAGAGACAUUGCACUGAUUAAAUUAGCCGAAAAUGUUAAUUUUACCAAUUUCAUUCGACCAAUUUGCUUGCCCGACAACGAUCACUACAACUUCACUGAACUGUAUUUGCACAUGUGUAAAAAGGAGUUUAAGAGUUCGUCGGUCAGUACGGUUACCGCAUCACCAUUGUCACCACAAGAUUGUGAAAUUAUGUUCAAACGAAAAAGAGCUACAAUCACAACGGAAGAGUUUUGUGCAUGGGAUGAAACUGGUGAUUCAUGUACAGGCGAUUUAGGUGGACCACUUACUGCAAUCGACAAUGGACGAUACAGCGUGAUUGGUUUAAAUUCACAUAUCAACUCAAGGGUAAAGUUUAAUUAUGGCGACUACCCUGGGAUUUAUGUACGAGUCGGAUCGCAUCUAUCUUGGAUCAGAAAGAUUACGGGUUUGAGUAAUUGACAAAAGAUGUUUCUUGAAAAAUAAAAUCAGUAUGUAAA